GUCCCCGCCGCGGCGCCAGGGGCCGCCGCCGCCGCGGGAUGCGCCCAGGGCUUCCCCGCCGCUGGCGGGGAGCGCGGCGGCGCGGGGGAGGCGGAGAGCCAGCUGAGCGCGAUGGCGGCGGCGGGCCUGGUGCAGAUGCCCCGGGGAGCAGACAGGGCGGCGGCACACGAGGAGCCGGAGCAGCGGCGGCGGGCUGCGCUGGAGGAGGUGGAGAAGUUCAUCCGGGAGAACCCCCGCCUGGACGAGCGCUCGGUGGACGUCUUCCGCAGGCAGGACCCGGAUAUCCAGGCCGCCGCGAUGGACCGAGGCACAUUGAAG